GUAUGCUGUCACAUUGCAGUAUGGGGGAGGUGCUCUCAUCCCACCUCUCAGUCUCUCAGCUUGUCGUUGCUGUGUGUUUGCAGCGGUAGCAGCUUUUGUAGCCCGGGCAGCCUCAUUCCGUUGGAUGAUGGGCCCCUGUGUCCUGCUGGUGGCUGUCACUGUCUGUGUGUGUGCCCUGGGCACAUUUGCCAAGCCCCUAGGAAGUGUCGCCCAUGAUAAUGAUGGCAUGUCACAUCGGUUCCGUAGGAGCCUGCCAGCGGGUAUUCCUUUUGAUACAGAUAUGAUGUCAUACUUACCGGCAGAAUCCCUGCAAGAGGAGCCAUUAUAUCCUGAUAUUAAUCCAGCACUACUCUCCAGAUUAGCAGCAUACCCUCAGGAUGAAUUACUGGCAGCCUUGGAAAAGUUUGGGUCUAAUCACAGAACAGACCCUCUUCAGGACAGCAGAGCUCUGCAACAGCUGGCACAGGAAGGGCAGUGGAGAGAUAAAGAGGCCAAAUACCUGGCAAACCUCAUGCACCUAUGGAACCAGAUAAGUCAGGGCAGGGGCUACCCAGAACAACUGGCAGCCCUCAGAGGGUCCAUACAGAGAAAUGGGCAAUUCACACGCUCCUACCAAGAUUAUGAUGACACCAGUUUGGCCCCCCGCUCAAUCAGACCAAAAGUCCCCAGGAACCAAAUGUCUGAAGCCGCGCAGAGUCGUUAUUGGCAGGAUGGUGGGUAUCAAGCAACGGGUCCCCAUAUGCAGCAAGAGGAGGUCAACAACGAUGGGAUACUCAUGGACGAGGAGAUGUUAAGGUUCUUGGUGACGCAGGUUCUCUCAGCAAUGAGUGAAGCGGAGAUGCCACAGCGCCUCUCAUCCACUCCUCCUCGCCGCCUGCGCCGAUCUCUGUCUGAGAAUCCUCCAGGAGACGCCCCCUCAGAUCUCCUGCGCAUCAAGCGUAUUGAGAGCCUCCCUGACCCUGACUAUGUGACCAAUGGGCUGCUGCGCAGGAAGCAAAUCGAUGGAGAUCUGGAGGUCCGGCCUGGUCCCUACGUUGAGCAGAGAGUCACUGAACAGCUGCUGAAGUACCUCCCACACUAAGAGCCCCCACACCACCCAUGUCAUGUGACUCUGUAUCUCGACAUCUGCUCAAAUAAACCACUCAGAUCUGACUCUACUGGAUCCCCACAGUCCCUCCACUAUACCAGAUCCCUCACCCACACUCUGCUGGAUCCAUACAGUCCCUCCACUAUACCAGAUCCCCCACCCACACUCUGCUGGAUCCAUACAGUCCCUCCACUAUACCAGAUACCUCAACCACACUGCAGGAUCCAUACAAUGUCUCGAUUAUACCAGAUCCCUCACCCACAACACUCCCUGCACUCUACUGGAUCCCUACAGUCCCUCCACUACAUAGUAACAUAGUAACAUAGUAAGUAAGGUUGAAAAAAGACACAUGUCCAUCGAGUUCAACCUUUUUUUUU